CUCUGCUUCUCCGCAAGAAAGAGUUGGAAAGGAUUGAUGGCAGUCUCCUGGGCUGGUACUGUUAUAUUGGUGGUGGUGGUGGUGGUGGUGGCGGCGUGUGUUUCGGAGGUUCCCAUGGGUAGAGGUGACUUGAGUCCCGCCCAGUGCAAGGAGGAGCAAAGGCUACUUGUUAAUGCUUGCAGGGCGGUGAUAUUCGGACUCAGCCCCUCACCCAGUUGCUGCGAACGCGUUAGGGCCACCCAUGUGGAGUGUGUUUGCCCUGUUAUUACCCCUCAGCUGGCAGCCCUCAUCGGAGUGGAACGCACCACCAUUAAGCAGAUCGAAAGCUGCGGAAGGACUGUUCCGCACAACUUCAAGUGUGGAAGUAUCACAACCCCUUGAGAAAGGAAUAGAAGGCUAAUUUACUAGGAUGAAAUUAUUUGUUUAAAUCUGUUUGAUAUGUAUUUAAACAGGAUCGAUGCGAUCAAAUUUGUUAUAUUACUACUAUCUGUUAUGUUGAAAAACUAUAAGAAAAUAAAAUGA